GCAAAAACACUCCGACUGGAGCGGACUGGUUCCAGACUGCAGCCGGGAGUGGCUCUUAUUUUGGGAACCGAGGAGCUGGUUUGCCCAUAAAGAGCUCGGAUGGUGAGCAGUCACCAGCAGACAUAAUGUUGUACACAAGACAAUUCUCCUAUUAGGAAGACAAUAAGCUUAAAAGAUGUUUGGGGCAACUCAGAUUUCAAAGGCCCAGUUUCUGGAUAAGGCCAGGCAGGCACGUGAGGAAAGGAAAGGCCUCAAAGAAAGAGAGAGAGCUGCAGUUAAGAUCCAAGCGCUUAUCAGAAGAUUCCUUUGUAGAUGCCAACUUCAGCGUGAAAUCAGGAGAGAAGCAGAUGAUUUUCUAGAAGGCACAGAGAAUGGAUCCAUUAAGGUCAAUGCUCUCUCUAUCUUUAAGAUGGCUCGCAAACUACUACUGAUAUUCAGAACACCGGAAGACAAAUUGAGGUUUGAAAAACUUUGUCGCUGUAUCCUUAACAGUAUGGACUGUGAGAAUGAACCAAAGGUCUGGUUUGUUUCUCUUGCGUUGUCUAAAGACCUCACUCUCUUGUGGAUAAAACAAAUUAAAGACAUUCUUUGGCUGUGCUGCGAGUACCUUAAGAUGCUAAAACCCGAUAUCCUUCAGGAUUCCAAAAUCAUCACUCUCUACCUCACCAUGCUGGUCAACUUCACAGACACCUCCACCUGGAAGAUCUGCAGAGGGAAAGGAGAAAAUCUGAGACCUGCAAUGAGCCAUAUAUGUGCAAAUAUCAUGGGCCAUCUCAAUCAGAAAGGCUACUAUUCUGUAUUACAGAUCCUUCUCACCAAUGGACUGGCUCGAUCACGCCCAUCUCUGUCUAAAGCCACAUUGACAGCAUUGUUUUCCCUGGCCUUGCGUCCGGUGCUGGCCGCACAAUUUUCUGACAAUCUUCUCCGCUCCUUCCUCAUUCACAUAAUGUCUGUUCCUGCUUUGAUUUCACAUCUAUCAGUCUUGACCCCAGAUAGAUUAUCUGUGAUCGAGUCUAAUGGACUCUUUCAUAAAUUCAUUUUGUUCCUGAGUCGGGAAGAACAGUGCAGAGACGUAUGUGUUUGUCUGGAAGGAAGCCAUUCCCUCUGCUUGCUAGGUAAUCUUAUUCACCUGGGCCACCUGACAGAGAAAGUCUUAGAGGAAGAGACAGGUCACUUUGUGAGCGUGCUCACGCAAAUGCUAUCAUACUGCCAACAGUAUGUGUCUCAGAAGAAAUCCAACCUUACACACUGGCACCCCCUAUUAGGCUGGUUCUCUCAGACUGUAGAUUAUGGUCUCAACGAGUCAAUGCCAUUGCUUACCAAGCAGCUUCAGCAUUUGUGGGGUGUCCAUAUGAUCCGCAUCCUGUUCCGGGAAGUCCUCAGUAAGAAACUAGCAGAAAAUCAAGAUGUGUCUGUUGUGACCAACUCAAGUUCGUCUCCACAGAACAAUUUACCUAUGAAAAACCUGUUUAAAAGGGCAUUCCAGAAAUCGGCCUCAGUUCGUCAUAUAUUGAAACCAAUUGGAGGCAAAAGAGUGGACUCUCAAGAGGUGCAAAAAGUAUGCAAUAUCUGUGUGUUGUACCAAACUGCACUUACUACCCUCACUCAGAUCCGGCUUCAGAUUCUUACAGGUCUAACUUACCUAGAUGAUCUUCUGCCCAAGUUGUGGGCUUUCAUCUGUGAACUGGGACCUCAAGGAGGGUUGAAGCUUUUCCUGGAGUGCUUGAGCAAUGAUACUGAGGAGUCCCGCAGGCUUUUGGCCAUGCUUGUCCUUUUCUGUGACUGCUCCAGGCACUUAAUUACGAUUCUGGAUGAUAUUGAGGUGUAUGAGGAGCAGAUAUCCUUCAAAGUGGAAGAACUUGUCACUAUCUCUGCAUUUCUCAACUGCUUUGUGUUCAAGAUGAUCUGGGAUGGUAUUCUGGAGAAUGCCAAAGGGGAAACCCUGGAGCUUUUCCAUUCUGUGCACGGCUGGCUCAUGGUCCUGUAUGAGAGAGAUUGCCGGAGGAGAUUUGCCCCAGAGGAACACUGGUUGCGGAAAGAUCUUAAACCAGCUGUGCUCUUCCAAGAACUGGACAAAGAGAGAAAACGAGCCCAACUCUUACUUCAGUACCUCCCGCAUGUCAUCCCUCACAAAAAUAGAGUCCUUUUGUUCCGAAAUAUAGUCACCAAGGAAAAGGAGAAACUGGGUUUGGUGGAGACAAACAUUGCCUCACCUCACGUAACACACAUCACUAUACGAAGAUCACGAAUGCUCGAGGAUGGUUACGAUCAGCUGAGGCAGCUCUCCCAGAAUGCCAUGAAAGGAGUCAUUAGAGUCAAGUUUGUCAAUGACUUAGGAGUAGAUGAGGCUGGAAUAGACCAGGAUGGCGUUUUUAAGGAAUUCUUAGAGGAAAUCAUAAAGAAAGUAUUUGAUCCUGCUCUAAAUCUUUUCAAGACUACAAGCUCUGGAGAUCGAUUAUACCCAUCUCCUACAUCUUACAUCCACGAGAACUACCUCCAGUUGUUUGAGUUUGUAGGGAAAAUGCUUGGAAAGGCAGUGUACGAGGGUAUUGUGGUGGAUGUUCCCUUUGCUUCGUUUUUCCUUAGCCAACUAUUAGGGCACCAUCACAGCAUCUUCUACAGCUCUGUGGAUGAGCUUCCUUCUUUGGAUUCCGAGUUCUACAAGAAUCUUACAUCCAUUAAGCGAUAUGAUGGAGAUAUUAGUGAUCUGGGCCUCACACUUUCUUAUGAUGAAGACGUGAUGGGUCAGCUGGUCUGUCAUGAGCUGGUCCCCGGAGGGAAAUCUAUCACUGUUAAUAAUGAAAACAAGAUCAGUUACAUCCACCUUAUGGCUCACUUCCGCAUGCACACACAGAUUAAGAACCAGGCAGCUGCUCUCAUCAGCGGUUUCCGCUCUAUCAUCCGGCCUGAGUGGAUACGUAUGUUCUCAGCACCCGAGUUGCAGCGUCUUAUAUCAGGGGAUAAUGCGGAGAUUGACUUGGAUGACCUCAAAAAGCACACUGUGUACUAUGGAGGUUUCCAUGGCAGUCAUCGCGUUAUUGUGUGGCUUUGGGAUAUUUUAGCGAAUGAUUUCAACUCGGAGGAAAAAGCCAUGUUUCUGAAGUUUGUCACUAGCUGCUCCCGACCUCCUCUUUUAGGCUUUGCCUACCUCAAGCCUCCAUUCUCCAUUCGCUGUGUGGAGGUGUCAGAUGAUCAGGAUACCGGGGACACCUUGGGUAGCGUUCUACGUGGCUUCUUUACGAUUAGGAAAAGAGAACCCGGAGGCCGCCUUCCCACCUCUUCUACUUGUUUUAACCUCCUAAAACUUCCCAACUACAGCAAGAAGGUUAUCCUGCGAGAGAAACUCCGUUACGCCAUCAGCAUGAACACGGGCUUUGAACUGUCAUAGCGCUUUUUGUUUGACUUUAACCGUGAAGUCCCAAAUUUCCCCCACCCCUCGGGUCUGUACCAUGUUCCAGAGCAAUUUAUGAAGGAUUACAUAUAUGACGCUCUAAGAUAUCUACUCCCCCAUGUCCAGCCCCAUCAGGUUUGAAACAUGCCGACUUAUUUCUGAAGGAAGCACAACUGAUACUUUAAUUGUAAACGUUUGACUUGUUUUUCUAGUAUAAUUAACUCAAUGGGUUUUCAUUUUUCAGAGAUUCAUGUAAAAUUUAUAGCUAGAAAUUAGAUGAAAGUAGGUGGUUUUAAGAAAUGGUAUUAUGCUUAGACCUCAGAGAUUUACAGAUUGCAGAGUCUUAGAAGUUCUGUAGACACUAUGGGGUGGAUUUACUAAGACUGGAGUGUCAUAAAAAGACCACUGGAGUAAGAUGCACCACAUUUAUUAAGUCGUACAUGCCCCUUCCACUAAGCCCCACCCCAUUUUCUUGCCACAUCUGAAAAGUGAUGGGAAGCACAAAAAGACUCAAGUUAUAGUGCAAAUAUAGCAUGCACCAUAACUUGUCACAUUUUUUUACAUCACAAAAGUGCUGCCAAGGCUUUAAUAAGUCUCCAGUGUCUUUUUUGCAGUUGAGUCCAGUAUCUGCCAUUUUACACAGGCCAGAUCUUUGCACAGACCAGGAUUUUUAAAGAGGACCAGUUACCACGAAAUGCAGUGCAAUCUGCAGGCAGCAUGUAUAGAGUAGGAGGAGCUGAGCAGAUUGAUAUAUAGUUUUAUGGGAAAAGAUUCAGUAAAACGUGUAGUUUUUACAUUUAUAUCUCUGCUCUUUCAGUACUCUAUCACCGACCUCAUGUAUGUAUCAGUGACUGACAACUAUCUAUGUAUACACACUUACACAGAGAAUACUAUC